GGCCGCACCGGAAGUGGCGGCUGGUACGCGCGGAUGGCGGCGGCUGCGGUGAUGACGGCGGCGGGCUGCGGAGGGGCUGGGGCGGCUCGCUCCCUCUCCCGCUUCCGCGGCUGCCUGGCGGGCGCGCUGCUCGGGGACUGCGUGGGCGCCGUGUACGAGGCGCGCGACACCGUCGACCUGACGUCAGUCUUGCGUCGGGUCCAGGACCUGGAGCCGGACCCCGGCUCGCCGGGGAGCGCGCGGACAGAAGCACUGUGCUACACAGACGACACAGCCAUGGCCAGGGCGCUGGUGCAGUCCCUGCUGGCCAAGGAGGCCUUCGACGAGAUGGACAUGGCGCACAGGUUUGCUCAGGAGUACAAGAAGGACCCUGACCGGGGUUAUGGUGCUGGAGUGAUCACCGUCUUCAGGAAGCUCCUGAGCCCCAAGUGCCGUGAUGUCUUCGAGCCUGCCCGGGCCCAGUUUAAUGGCAAAGGCUCCUACGGCAACGGGGGCGCCAUGCGGGUGGCCGGCAUCUCCCUGGCCUAUAGCAGUGUCCAGGAUGUGCAGAAGUUUGCCCGGCUCUCGGCCCAGCUGACACACGCCUCCUCCCUGGGUUACAACGGUGCCAUCCUGCAGGCCCUGGCUGUGCACCUGGCUUUGCAGGGUGAGUCGUCCAGUGAGCACUUCCUUGAACAACUCCUGGGCCACAUGGAGGAGCUGGAGAGUGAUGCCCAGUCUGUGUCAGAUGCCCGGGAGUUGGGCAUGGAGGAGCGUCCGUACUCCAGCCGACUGAAGAAGAUUGGGGAGCUUCUAGAGCAGGACUCAGUGACCAGAGAGGAGGUGGUGUCCGAGCUAGGGAAUGGCAUUGCUGCCUUUGAAUCUGUGCCCACCGCCAUCUACUGCUUCCUGCGCUGCAUGGAGCCCGACCCCGAGAUCCCCUCUGCCUUCAACAGCCUCCAGAGGACUCUCAUCUAUUCCAUCUCACUUGGUGGGGACACAGACACCAUUGCCACCAUGGCCGGGGCCAUUGCUGGCGCCUACUAUGGCAUGGAACAGGUGCCAGAGAGCUGGCAGCAAAGCUGUGAGGGCUAUGAGGAGACUGACGUCCUGGCCCAGAGCCUGCACCGGGUCUUCCAGAAGAAUCUGUGAGGGCCACAGCUCCGCCAUACCCAGCAGGACCAACUACAGCUCGGACUGGAAACCCUGGGCUCCCUUAGGCUUGGCUCCCUGCCUCGGCCUUCCUGCGGUGUGGCCGGAGUGCACCCUUGGGGCUGGGGACUCCUCUGGGGAGGUCACUGAACAGUGAGGGAGGGACGGGUGCCUUCUGGUGCUGGGUUCCUGGCUUCUGCAGAGCCUCGGUGCUCCUGGCUCCUCAGUCAGACAUAAGGGACCGGGGCAGGUUUUAUUUUGGAGCAGUACUUGUGGUGUUUUCCUUUAUUAUCUAGGACAUGGGAUUUGGGGAGGUGAAAAUGAUCUGCGGCAUCGUUUCUCCUUGUUGGGAUUUAACCAGUUUGCCAGGAUGCCUGCCUUUGACUGCACAGGGCCCCAGGCGCCAAGUUUAUAUGGAUCAGGAGGUGGACACGUGAAUCUAGCUGAUCUAGAUGCACACCUGGCCCUUGGCUGUCAUGGGUCUUGUUAACAGCUUCCCGACGAAGUUACAGAGCAAUAAACAGUUCUUUAA